AUCUUUCGUAACCAAGGGAAAUGACGCGUGCGCAGUUGUGGUACAGACGAAAAAAACACGCGGUACGCCUUGCCCGUUCGAAUCUCGGUGUUUGCAAUGAGUUGGGCAAAUGUCAUCAUCAGCCAAUGUCUGGUGUGGAUUAUUUGUUCAUUUUUGGCAGCAUACUCGCCGUUUAACAAGCAAACGGUUCAAGAAUGCUACUAAACACCAGUUCCGAACGCAAGAGCCAAUGAAACCCGGUAUCGUCCUUGGUAGCCAAUUGCAAUACGGAGUAGGCGGGAUGUAACGUGGCCCGCCAAUCAUCGCGCGCGAGCCUUGUUCGCUUAGCAACGAGGCAAACUACGCAUGCGCAGUCGUGAUCAAUGUGGAUAACCCGAUAAUGGAAGGCGGAAGACAAAACAGUACGGAAUAAGGCUCUACUGUAGUCAUGCUGGGAAGCACAAUCCUAAAUCACAGACAACACGUGGGACUGCAGCAGCUUUUUACACUGGCCGCCGUCGCGCACUCCACGUUGGGACCCCAUGAAAAUUACAAGUUCAUUCAGGAUGAAGCUACAGGGGAGUCGGUUCUGGUUGGGUCAUGUUUGCGCAUUCUGGAAAACCUGGACCUGUCCACCUGUGCCGUCGGCCAGCUGGUUCACGAGACUGUUCGGGCACACCACGAAGUUUAUCGCACGGGGUCCGAAUACCUGCUGUUUUUCGCCGGGGCGUGGAGUCGGGCGGCAUUAUCGUGCUUGCAGCAAGGGAUUCCCGUGUUCCGUAUCGUUGAGGGCAUGACCAAGGGCGUGGACUUGUGUGCAGACAUUUGCGCGAAAAGCAGGAUUUCGUUCGAUGCUCUCUGUGCGUCUACCCGGAAGCAAGUUAUAGAGGCAACAUCCGACACCCAAGUCGAGAAAGGAAAAAGGCAAAUCAAGCUAAGUCGCUAUUUUUGCCACAACAAGCCCGAAAGGAUUCCAGUGCUAGAGUCGAGUCUUCCUGACAACGCACUCUUGGCAAAUGGACUGAGCCACGGAUGCGACGAUGCGAUGCAAUUAGUCAUUCAAGCCAGUUGUAUGCAGUCCAGAGACAACCUGGGUUCUGCUUUCGACGUGACUAAAGUGACAACGUGUGUGUUGGCAGGCUUCCCAGAACAUCACUCUCAAGUUUGCCCAGGCUGCGUCGUUCUCCUUAACGGAGAACAGACUUCUGUGGCGCAUCGCCUCAAGGACAAACCUCUGGACGUCGUUCUUAUCCGUGGCGAUUUAUCGCACACCUACCGCCAUCUCGGCUUUAAGAGGCCCGCAGGUGUGCAACGUGUUGCCAACCAGUCGGAUUUGUUAAAUUUGAGCGACGAGGAAGAGUGGCUUGACAAGGUCCUGGCGCUCCUGUCUCACCUGGAAGUGGACUUGGUGAUCGUCAGUGGGCGUGUCAGCGAGGCUCUACUUCAACUCUGUUCUCGGCGUCGGAUACUUGUGGUUGGAAAAGUUAAAGCGUCUGUUUUAAAGGAGAUGGCUAACGCCGUCGGAGCCGUUCCGGUCACAUAUGCGACACAGUUGAGUAAGCACUGUGUUGGCAAGGGUAUUCACGUGAGCAUAUGGAGGGAAAUUCAGAGCCACGAUGGGGCCGCGUUAAUCGCUGCCAAUAUUUACGCCGGAGGCAGCACCCGGUUGGUCACGGCCGUUAUCACGAGUUCCGUGCACGGGAAGCUGCAGGCCCUGGAGGACCGUUUCUGGUCUUGUGCCUACCGCGUACACCACGCCCUGAAAGAUAAAGCGGUGCUGCCUGGCGCCGGAGUCACGGAGAUGCUUUGUAUUCAUCACCUGAUCAAGAAAGCUGAUGCAGAGAGUCCCAGAAAUGGGACUGGUGGUUCUAACCCCUACCUUGGUGUUGUCCUGCACUUAAUGGCAGACAAUUUUACAGAAUACCUAUCCGUCGUGAUGGCCAACUCCACUGGGAUUUCACAAGUCAAAGCCAGGACUGCGGUGAAACAGAAACUACAAAACUUCAACGACAUUUCUGCAGACUUUUCACAACUUAACUUAGACUCUGAUAUUAGAGAGCCCUCCAAAGUCUUUGACAAUCUUACCGUCAAGCAGGAAUCAUGGAAGAAGGCCUUGGAUCUGGUUUUGCUUGUUUUGCAGACGGACGCCGAGAUCAUUACUGGUGUAGAUCAAAGCGAGGCUGGUGAUCAUGCAGGUCUUGAGUUUUUAUGACCUUGACAGGAAGAAGAGACAUUUUACAUAUCAUACAUAUUUGUUGUUGUUGUUGUAUACAGAAAACUGUGCUUAUUUAUUGUUUAUUAUCCUGGGAGUCACGAAACUAGGACCCUGAGAUCUUCUAGGGUUAGGGAGUCUGGCAAAUAAUAUUCUAUAAAUAAUGUUGUAUCCUCCCUACUUUACCUUCAGGGUAAUUAUCUGGCACUGGCUUCGGGAUGAUUGCUUCGUAUCAUAAAUAAGUCAUCAUAAAUUGAGAAUAAAAGGCACAAUUCGUGUUUCCAUUUUUAAAAAGAAGCCUUUUCCAGAACAAAAGAUGUAAUAUUACGAGAAUCAAGGUGCACUCCAAAAUUUACGUGCUACUUUUUAAUUAGGAAGGAAGGAAUCUAUGGUCGUUACGCUCAAGUGGUGUUCGGAUUAGGGUUUCUUUUCGUCCCCAGUGAAGGGUCUCUGGACUGCAAAUAUUUUGAGCACCCUUGUAUUGGGUGAAGGAUUUUCUUUACGCUCAGUCGAUCUAAAAUAGUACUACUCAUGUCUGCCACAUGGGAGAGACAGAUAGUUACUUGAUGAAAUUUGCCGACACCUGAAUAGCGGGAAUGGUUGUUGACGAGGAAACAUUAUAUCCAAACGCAUCGUCCGAGAAUUCAAUGCAGCCAUACAUAGAUUUUUAUAAGCGCUUUUCCUCAUUCUGGUCAUGUGUGAGGUGGAGCCUAACCCGGUCUACUUUUGGUGAAGGGCACUUUACAUCUUUGACUGGUUCUCACCUGGGGACGAUUUAUUCUUCAAUGAACCUAAUAUUUCUGGAAUGUGAGAGGAAGCUGGACUACUUGUAGAAAUCCACAUCGACAUGGGAGAACAUACAAAGUCCACACAGGAAUUACCUGAGCUGA